UGGCACCACGCCGGUCCGCGCUCAACGCGGAGCUCUCGGGCGGCGGCGCUUCGGCAGCAGCUUCCGGCCGCCCCGCCGCUGCCAGAGGAGGGCCACGAGAUUGAGGUGCGGUGCGAGCGAGUCGCGUACGGCGGCCUCGGCAUCGCCCGGACGGACGCGGGCGCGACGGUGAUGCUGAGUGACCACACCGUGCCUGGCGAGCUGGUCCGCGCCUUGGUCACGCGGCGGCGUCGGCGGCACGUCGAGGCGCGGACGACGGCGGUGCUCGAGCCGGGCCCGGCGAGCGUGGCGCCGCCUUGGUCUGAGCUCUUUGCGUCGUGCGGCGGCUGCCAGCUGCAGCGCAUGGCCUAUGCAGAGCAGCUCGCUACCAAGCGCCGGUGGGUGAUCGACGCCAUCGCGCGCUGCCCUGGAGGCGCCGCGGCGGUGCUCUCCCGCGCCUCUCCCGCCCACGCCUCUGGGGCGGGGCACAGCGCGACGCCGGCGGCGCUGGCGGCGGCGGCGCUCGAGCCGAUUGUGCGCGCGACGGUGCCGUCGCCGAAGCAGACGCGCUACCGCAACAAGGCCACCUUCUUCUUUGCCCCCUCCGACAGCGGCCUCGGGCUUGUGGUCGGCUCCAAGGCGGCCGACGACGCGGGCCGAGUGGUGCCGAUCGGCGGAGAGGGCUGCCCGCUGCAGGCGGAGGAGGCGGACGCCGUGCUCGCCUCCGUCGCGGCGUGGGCGAGGCGGACGGCGCUGCCGAGCUUCGACGUCCGAUCCGGAAGGCGCGGCGAGGGCGCGUUGUGGCAGGCGGUCCUUCGCACGGCGGGCGGCGGCGCGGGAGGCGGAGCGGCGGUGCAGCUCGAGCUGGUCACCGCCGGCGCCGCCAGCUCCGCCGCCCUCGCCGCCCUCGCCGCCCUCGCGGCGUCGCUCCUCGAGGCGCACGAGCCGCUCGUGCGAGUGCUGCACACCGAGGCGCCGGUGAACGACGGGGGGACGGACUUGCUUGUGCGGCUGGUUGCCGACGGCGUCGCUCUCGGGCUCGCGUCGGGGCGGGGCAACGAGCUGCCGGUGGCGGCGCACGGUGCGGGGCGAGAGGCGGGGCGAGAGGAGGAGCGGCGGCCAGUGGAGGAGGCGCCUCGCCGCCUCGCCCUGGUCGACCUCUACUGCGGCUCGGGGCUCUUUGGCGUCUCCCUCGCCGCGACGACCUCCUUCGCGAGCGUGCUCGGGCUCGAGCUCGGCGCCGAGGCGGUGGCCGCGGCGGAGGCGAACGCGGCGGCCAACGGAGUGGGGGCGCUGUGCCGUUUCGAGGCCGCCGACCUCGCCUUCUCCGGCAGGCCGCCGGCCGGCCUCGCAGCCGCCCUCGCGCCCGGCGGAGUCGACCUCGCGGUGGUGGUCGACCCGCCGCGUGCGGGACUGAGCGGCGCGAUGCGAGGUCACUUGAGGCAAAACGUGUGGCAGUCGCCGCCGCUCGACGUCGUCGAGCCCAUCCUGUUCGCGCUGAGCUGGUACGACAGCUGGCACGCGUGCGGCGACAAGCGCGGCGAGCAGCACUGGACAGAGGACCAGCGUCUGGCGGCCAUGUACAGGCACUCCGGCGUGCUUGCACGAAUUUGUAUGGGGCUGUCCAGCUCGGUGCGUGCGUGGCGCUCGCCCCUCCGCGAGGCCAACUGGGCGCUGGUCUGCCGCACGAACAGCGCCCGAAUCGACGACGAGGCGGUGCACUCCAUCUGCACAGCUUGCCCAGCGCUGACGGCACUCGACCUCUCCAGCACAAUGAUAUCGGACGCGGCGCUGUACGAGAUCGCUCGCAGCUGCCCGCGGCUGCAGCGCCUGAGCCUGCAGCGCAACGGCUCCGGCGGCAAGCACUUUAGCGACGCCGCCCUCUCCGCCGUCGCCGCGGGCUGCGCCGAGCUACGCUCGCUGCACCUCGGCAACCUGUUGCUCGCCAGCAACCUCCUGGUUUCGCCGUGGGCGGUGUCGCUCACGUCCCUCAACCUCACCGGCUCCGCGUGGCUCUCGGACAGCGCGGUGCGGCGGCUGGCCGCGUGCGCGUCGCUGCAGGAGCUAUGGCUGAGCACCUGCAGCGGGCUGCGCGAUGGCGGGCUGGCGGCGAUCGCGUCCUCGUGCCUGCGGCUGCGCCUCGUCGACGUCUCCAACUGUCGCCGCGUGAGCGAUGAGGGCGUGUGCUGCGUCGCGGCGCUGCUUCUCCUGUCGCACCUCGAGCUCGCGGGCUGCGCGGGCGCGGCGGACAGCCCGCUGCUGGCGCUCGCUCGGCGCGAGGCAGGCCGGCGGCUGGCGUACCUCGGGCUGAGCAGCCGCAACGGACACUUGGCCAUCUCAGAGGAGGGCCUUGUCUCGCUCGCUCCCGCGUGCGCGUCGCUCACCCACCUCAACCUCGCCAGCUGCAGCGCGGCGGGGGGUGCUCGAUCUGAGCGGUGCGACGAGUGCACCGCGGAGGGUCUGAUCGAGGUGUGCCGCCGCUGCCCCCUCCUCGAGCGGCUGCAUCUCGAGGGGUGCGACGCGCUCACACCUGCCGCGGGGGCGGCCGUCGCCUCGCUCUCGCGCCUCCGGUACCUCGGCACCCACAUGGCAUGGCUGCUCCGACCCAACGUGCUCGACCCGAUCUCGGGGCCGGGCCCCACCGCCGAGGCGGUGAGCGCAGGGCAGCGCGUGCGAGCGGCGCUGCCCCGAUGCCACAUCGGCAACCCGUGCCACUAUUAGGUUGAUCGAAUAGUUGAUGCUGCGGCACAUUUCUUUUGUGUCCAGCUAUGAUCCGAAUGUGCAGCACAGCUGGCCCGCGUGGGAGUCGACGAACGGCUCGUGCGAAGACGACGAGUACAGCAGCAGCACGCACUACGUGGACGCCGCAACCGUAAUGCACUUCCUCUCGAGCCCGUACGACGAUCCGUGCAACUGGAAGCAGGCCUGCGGACAUGGGCGAGGGAGAGAGGGGAGAGGGGUCCGAGGCGCCCCUGCCGACAAGGAGUGGGUCCGCUCCUUCCGCCGCGCUGCCGCCGCCGCCGCGCCUCCGCCAUUGGGGCUGCGCCGCUGCUGCCUAUGCCACGAGACGCUCUCGUCGCCCUUGCGGAUGGCGGAGCACCUCCGAGGAGCUCGCCACUGCGAGGCCGUGCUUCGCCGCCACCGGCGCCGCGGCGGGCGCUGCGACGGGCCGCAGCCGGGCGAGGCGGAGGCGGCGAUGCUUUCGACGAGCUCUCCACGCAGCGGAUCGUGCGCGUGCGGCCGGAGCCGCCCAAUGUCGCCCACGUGGGGACGCCGGGAUCGCGUUGCCUCGAGCGCGUUGCACCAAUUGAAGAGAAUUGAUUGAUA